AUGGCAUCAAGCUAUGACUUUAUCAUCGUGGGCAGUGGCCCUUCCGGAAGUGCUGUGGCAGCUGGACUAGCACGUGCUUCCAAGAAGCCAAGGGUACUUCUGCUCGAGGCCGGAGGCAAGAAUGAGGAUAAGUCACUCCGCGUUGAUGGGCAACGCUGGACCACCUUCCAGAACAAAGAUAUGAACUGGGGUUACCAAACAACGCCUCAGGAGAACUGCAACGGUCGCGAGUGUGACUAUUCUCGAGGAAAGGGCCUCGGCGGGUCCAGUGCUAUCAACUUUGGUGUAUACAGUAUUGGAGCCCGGGACGACUAUGAGGAGUGGGCUCGCCUGGUUGGCGACGACUUUUUCAGUUGGCCAAAGAUUCAGCAGCGAUAUAAGGCUCUGGAGAAUUUCCAUGGAGAACUGCCGUCAACAGUCAGCAAGAAAUAUGCUGCGCCGAAACCUGCUGAUCAUGGUUCUACCGGGCCCCUUCGUGUCGGAUAUGCUGCCGAGUUCGAGUCAGAUCUGCCUCCCAUGCUCGAUGUCUUUGAGCAGGCCGGGUUCCCAUUGAAUCCAGACCAUAACUCAGGUAACCCUCUAGGAAUGUCGGUUCUAAUCAACUCAAGUCACCGUGGAACUCGUUCUACCGCGAGCGAUCUGCUCGAACCUUUGCCAGAGAACUUGACGGUUCUCUCGAACUCACCGGUGCUUCGAGUGAUCCUUGAAGGAAAGAAAUGCGUCGGUGUGGAGACAGAUACCCAGAAGUAUUAUGCCACUAAAGAAGUGAUCCUCUCUGCCGGAUCACUCAACAACCCCCAGAUCCUCAUGCACUCGGGUGUUGGUCCUGCGGACCACCUCAAGGAGUUCGACUUGCCCGUAGCGCUCGAUGUGCCCGCCAUUGGCCAAGGGCUUCGUGACCACAUGUUUUGUCCAUUGGCAUGGACCCGUACCGAGGGAAGCACAGCUCGCGCUCCAUUUUACGGCGACGAGAAAGCAAUGGCUGAUGCACUAGAGCAAUGGAAGUUCGACGGCACGGGUCCCUGGUCAAAAUUUGCCUGCGAGCUUGGCAUCGGCUGGUUCAAGAUUCCGUCGUUGACCAGUACCAAGGAAUUCCAAGAGCUGCCGGAGGCGGACAAACGCCACAUCGAUGCCCCCACUGUCCCACACUACGAGAUCAUCACUCAUUUCCCCAUCCACUGGUUCAUCCCCGGUUUCGCAAAGGAGAACCUCAACUACUCUUGCAUGCUGGUGUUCUACUACAACGCCCAGGCUCGUGGUACUGUGACGCUCCAGUCAUCCGACCCCAAAACACCUUUGAAAUUCGACCCUAAGUUCUUAGGAACACCCUACGACCGCCGGGUUGCUGUCGAAUCACUGCGGGAUGCCUUCCGAAUUGCAAAGUCAGACGGAUACACCAAGGAUAACGUAUCGCAAAUCGUUGGGCCCGCAGGCGACUCCGACGAAGAAUUGCUGGAUUACUGGAAGAACACCAUCUCCAGCAGCUGGCACAUGACUGGAACUGUCAAGAUGGGUAAGAAGGGAGACAAGGACGCGGCCGUAGACAGCGACUUCCGUCUGGUGGGUAUUGAGGGUCUGCGGGUCGCAGACAUGAGUGUGGUCCCUGUCUUGGCGAGCUGCCACGUGCAGUCCGUUGCUUAUGUUACCGGUGUCACUUGUGCGGAGAAGUUGAUCAAGGAAUACGGCCUUGCUUAG